AUGAAGAUUCAAUGGGCUGGGGUCCUUCUAGCAACCUCCAUUGGCUCCGCCAAUGCCAUGGCCAAAUAUAUGGAGGAAGCCAUGAGAGGAGAGCGCGUCUCUGGCUAUGGAAAAUCCGAUAAGCCCUCCUUUGUACCGGACUUCAUAGAUGAAUCUCCCCCUCACAACGGCAUCCGACUCCCCCGUCAAGACUGGACCGUGACCUGCAGCAGCUCCGCCCCUGGGCAUCCCUGCAAACGCGCAAUUGACGGCAAGAACACCACUGGCUGGCGGAGUGACCCCUCUGAUAAGGGUCACACCUUCGUGGUGGAUCUUGGGGCGUGGUACCAAGUGAGUGCCGUCGUUGUUCUUCCUCUCCUCGAUACAGGAGUGGAAGGCCUCAUCACCCAACACAAGAUCUGGGUUAGUGAAGAUGAUGAGACCUGGAGAGGUCCAGUUGCAUAUGGAAUGUGGCCAACUACCGUCAGACAGCGGAUGUCCGCAUUCGAACCGUCCUCUACCCGAUACCUGAGAAUCACCACUGAUGCCGACGAAGAGAACCCUUGGGUGGGUAUCUCUGAGCUCAACAUCUAUGGAACUCUCUACACCAUUCCGCGGGACCCCGCUCUCGGUGUCUGGGGGCCGACUAUUGAUCUGCCCAUCGUGCCUGUCUCCGGUGCUCAGGAGGGUAAUGGCAUGCUUGCUCUUUGGUCCUCGUGGGCCGAUGAUCAGUUCCACUCCUCGCCUGGAGGCAAAACUGUCAUGACUCGCUGGAACCCAAUUACUGGAGAAGUUUCCAAGCGCACUGUCACCAACACUCACCAUGACAUGUUCUGCCCGGGUAUUUCUUACGACGGUACCGGCAUGAUGGUAGUAACCGGAGGUAACUCUGCUAAAGAGACCAGUCUCUACGACUCUGUCAACGAUGAGUGGAUCAGCGCAACCGGAAUGCAUCUCAAGCGUGGUUACCAAGCUUCCACAACCCUUUCCGAUGGGCGUGUCUUCGUUAUUGGAGGCUCUUGGUCAGAGGUUUCUACCAUUGACAAAGAUGGUGAGGUCUAUGACCCUGCUACUGGAAAUUGGACUAUGGUUCCUGGAGCGACAGUCAAGGACAUGAUGACCGAUGACAUGGAAGGUGCCUGGAGAGCGGAUAACCACGGUUGGCUUUUCGGCUGGAAGGGUCUGAGCAUUUUCCAAGCCGGGCCUAGUAAACAGAUGAACUGGUACUCUGCCUAUGGAAAUGGCAGUGUCACUGCGGCAGGAGACCGCAUGGAUGAUGGGGAUUCCAUGUCUGGAAAUGCAGUUAUGUUUGAUGCCGUGAGGGGAAAGAUUCUCACUCUUGGAGGAUCUCCCGACUAUGACAAGUCGCCAGCCACCGACGCAGCCCACGUCAUUACUCUCGGCGAGCCAGGCGAAGAGCCGAAGGUUCAGCUUGCUGGAGGCACCGGCGCCAUGCACUACGAGCGUGUGUUCCACACUUCUGUUGUUCUCCCAGAUGGCAAGGUCUUCAUUACCGGCGGUCAGACUUACGGCAUUGCCUUUAACGAGGAGAAUGUCCAGUUUAUUCCAGAGAUUUACGACCCUGAGACAGACAGGUUCGAGAUGUUGCAGCAAAACAACGUCGUCCGGGUAUACCACACUGUCUCCAUUCUCCUCCCAGAUGCCCGGGUGUUGAAUGCGGGGGGUGGUCUCUGCGGUAACUGCACGGCCAACCACUACGACGGCCAGAUCUUCACGCCUCCCUACCUGGUGACUCCUUCAGGCGAGCCCCGGCCCCGUCCUGAAAUUCUCACGCGUCUACCAGAGAAGAUUCUGAUUGGCAGCACGCUGGAUUUCAGAACUACGGGUCCGAUCAGCAAGGCUUCUCUCAUUCGUUUGGGCACUGCCACCCAUACUGUCAACACUGAUCAGCGUCGUAUUCCACUCCAGGUCACCUCUACAUCCGUAUUUGGAAGGAGAUGGAGGGUCACUCUGCCAAGUGAGCCGGGCAUUCUCAUUCCCGGAUACUGGAUGUUGUUCGUCAUGGACCAGGAUGGCGUGCCUAGCAUUGCGAAGAUCAUGAUGGUUGGAUUGGAUCCCAAGAAGACUAUCAAGGCUUGGGGAGAGCCAGAGGAUAUGGCUGAAGAACAGAAUUGUGAGCAUGGAUUCCUCAAGUCUUAUUGGCAGUCUUGGAAACAGACACUAAUUUCGCAGAUGUACGACCGUUUAUGA